AUGGCUGGCACGUCGAUCGUGGUGCCGCAAAUCAGUCAGGCUGACAUGGUUGCGUUUCACGAAGCACAUUUUUCCAAGCUCGCUACAGAUCACUUCAAUACCCAUUUUCUUCGACCAGAUUUUGCAGCACAGGAAGGCCCAGCAUACAAUGGCGCUGACGAUGAGGAGUACUACGACGAAGAGGAGGACGAUGGCCUCGGCCACUACCCUGACGGAGUCAAGCGUACCCUCACAGACGAGCAGAUCGCCAUCUUCCGACACUCCGAACUCGAAGCCCUGCGUCGCGCCAAGGAGUCUUCCAACAACACCAAUAUGAAUGAGACGACGAGCACAAGGGCUGGUGAAGAUAUCCCGCAUGAUCUGUCCGAAGGCGAGGUGUCGUCCCCGACGCCGCUCGUCACCGCCACUACCAGGAAACAAAAGAAGCGAAAGCGCGGCAAGAACAACAAAAACAAGCAUGCGGCGGAACAAAUCGACCUCCGCAAGCGGACCUGGGACGUGGUAGACAAGGGCCUGGAGAGUCUGGAGUAUGAUGAGGAAGAGUCCGAGCCGAGCCAAGCCGGCGCCAUCCAGCGUCGCCGCAUCUCGUACGACGAUUGA